GAGAAGUGGACGAAUCAGUUGCAGACGAAGAACUCGAACGCGGAACUGGUGGGCAGUUGGAAAGUGGCCAUCGGUGACCAGGAUCAGUAUAUCCACGUCUGGCGCUAUAAGGGAUGGCGUAUGGCUUCGGAAGUAGACAAUUAUAUUAAGAACGACUCCGACCUCCAGUCCCUUAAUAAAGAGCUCUUACCUCACCUGCGAAAGCGUCAAAACCAAUUCAUGCUAUCGUUUAGCUUCUGGGGUCACCCGACCCCUGCUGUCCACAACUCUAUGUACGAAAUGAGAUCUUAUGUCCUAAAGCCGGGAACAAUGAUAGAGUGGGGCAACAACUGGGCGCGAGGGGUGACCUUCCGUAAGGACGACGCUGUGGCCGGAUUUUUCUCGCAAAUCGGACAGUUGUAUGUCGUGCACCACAUCUGGAAAUAUGAGAACCUAUUGGCGCGCAAAGAGACCCGAGAGAGCGCGUGGAGGAAACCGGGUUGGGAUGAGUGCGUGGCCUAUACGGUGCCAUUGAUCACGAAGAUGCGGUCGCGUUGGAUGAGUCCCAACUCAUUCUCACCCAUUCGUUAAGUUUUAGGAGUUUAUGUUUUGCCACAAAACGCCAAUUGAUUUGUUAUA